CGCGCCCCGCGGCAGGGGAGGAUGAAGGUGACCGUGGACUUCGAGGAGUGCCUGAAGGACUCGCCGCGCUUCAGGGCAGCUUUAGAAGAAGUAGAAGGAGAUGUGACAGAACUGGAACUGAAACUUGACAAGCUGGUGAAGCUUUGCAUUUCAAUGAUUGAUACUGGGAAAGCAUUCUGUACAGCCAACAAGCAGUUCAUGAAUGGAAUUCGAGACCUUGCACAAUAUUCCUGUAGAGAUGUGUUGGUUGAGACUAGCUUGACAAAGUUCUCUGACACCUUACAGGAAAUGAUCAAUUAUCACAAUAUCCUGUUUGACCAAACCCAAAGAUCAAUUAAAGCACAGCUUCAGACUUUCGUUAAAGACGAUAUUAGGAAAUUUAAAGAUGCAAAGAAACAGUUUGAAAAAGUUAGUGAAGAAAAAGAGAAUGCUCUAGUAAAAAAUGCCCAAGUUCAAAGAAAUAAGCAACAUGAAGUAGAGGAAGCAACCAAUAUUUUGACUGCAACACGGAAAUGUUUUCGACACAUAGCUCUGGAUUAUGUUCUUCAGAUCAAUGUUCUUCAGUCUAAAAGGAGAGCAGAAAUCUUAAAAUCGAUGUUAUCAUUUAUGUAUGCCCAUCUGGCUUUUUUCCAUCAAGGCUAUGAUCUUUUUAGUGAACUUGAGCCCUACAUGAAAGAUCUUGGUGCACAGCUGGAUCAGUUGGCUGUAGAUGCUGCAAAGGAGAAGAGAGAUAUGGAGCAAAAGCACUCCACUAUUCAACAAAAGGAUUAUUCCAGUGAUGAUACUAAACUAGAAUACAAUGUAGAUGCAGCCAAUGGUAUUGUUAUGGAAGGUUAUCUGUUUAAGCGAGCCAGCAAUGCCUUCAAGACUUGGAACAGGCGCUGGUUCUCAAUACAAAAUAACCAACUCGUGUACCAGAAGAAAUUUAAGGAUAAUCCCACAGUAGUUGUUGAAGACUUGCGGCUUUGCACGGUUAAACACUGUGAGGACAUAGAAAGACGUUUCUGUUUUGAGGUGGUUUCUCCAACAAAGAGCUGCAUGCUUCAGGCUGACUCGGAAAAGCUGCGACAGGCAUGGAUUAAGGCUGUUCAGACUAGUAUUGCUACAGCAUAUAGAGAAAAAGGGGAUGAAUCCGAGAAACAGGAAAAGAAAUCAUCCCCUUCUACUGGAAGCCUCGAAUCUGGCAGUGAGACAAAAGAGAAGUUGUUAAAGGGAGAAAGUGCUCUACAGCGAGUUCAGUGUAUUCCUGGUAAUGCUGCCUGCUGUGACUGUGGUUUGGCAGAUCCUCGCUGGGCCAGUAUCAACCUAGGAAUCACGCUGUGCAUUGAGUGCUCUGGGAUACACAGGAGCUUGGGAGUCCACUUUUCAAAAGUAAGAUCUUUAACGCUGGAUUCAUGGGAACCUGAACUUCUAAAGCUUAUGUGUGAAUUGGGAAAUGAUGUUAUAAAUAGAAUAUAUGAAGCAAAGCUGGAAAAAGUGGGAGUAAAGAAGCCACAACCUGGAAGCCAAAGGCAGGAGAAGGAGGCAUACAUCAGAGCAAAAUAUGUGGAAAGAAAGUUUGUAGAGAAGCAGCCUGCAUCAGUAUCUCUGCUUGAAUCUGGAACAAAAGUUUUGCCUCAAAGUCAGGAAGAGAAAAGGCACAGUGGCCCUGAAAAAUCCCUUUUGGCAGGGGAACAAGGUGCGGCAUCCCAAAAAGUGCAAAGCAGUGACAGUGGGAUCCAGCAGAGUGCUGAUGACAGCAGAGAACACCUUGCCUCUACUAUAUCGGCUAACAGUUUGUACGAACCAGAAGUUGACAAGCAAGAGUCUUCUGUGUUCUGUGACUCCAAACAGCCUAGUCCAGGAUUGCAGCUGUAUCGAGCUGCCUUUGAGAAGAAUCUUCCUGAUAUGGCAGAAGCAUUGGCCCAUGGAGCGGAAGUAAACUGGGUCAACGUAGAAGAAAACAAAGCAACACCACUCAUUCAGGCAGUGCGAGGGGGUUCAUUGGUUACUUGUGAAUUCUUGCUGCAGAAUGGGGCCAAUGUGAACAUCAGGGACAUGAAAGGAAGAGGACCCCUGCACCAUGCUACAGUUCUAGGACAUACUGGACAAGUGUGUUUAUUCCUAAAACGAGGAGCAAACCAGCAUGCCACUGAUGAAGAUGGGAAAGAUCCAUUGAGUAUAGCAGUAGAAGCUGCAAAUGCAGAUAUUGUAACAUUGUUGCGUUUAGCAAGGAUGAAUGAAGAAAUGCGUGAAUCGGAAGGACUCUAUGGACAGCCAGGAGAUGAAAUUUAUCAGGACAUUUUUCGUGACUUUUCUCAAAUGGCAUCAAAUAAUCCAGAGAAGCUAAACCGUUUCCAGCAGUCAGAUUCCCAGAAGUCUUAAGUGUCAAGAAGAAAAAGAACCUGAUCCUUAUAGUGCAAGUCUUUUUUUACUUUAACAGAAUGAAUUGUAUGCAUUUCAUUAGAUAGUUUGGAUAAAAUGACCACUCUAAUAUAGCUUUAGAUCGUGGUAGCUGGGGAAAUGUAUGAGUUGUGUAUGUUCUACAGUAUGUAUACCUCAGCAGCUGAAGAAAAUGUUUAAAAAAAAGAAUACCUGCUAGCGCAGUAUAAAAAAUAGUACCUGUUAGAAAAACAAAGUUUGUCAGUGGUUCGUACAUAGUCAGCAGAGUGUAGCUGUAUGCAUUGCAGGCUCUGGAUGGCAGGAUGAUCCAGGGGAUGAUCAGACCAGCUUUGCUAUUUACUGUCCCCUACUGUCAUCUGUCUCCCUAUUGCCAUAAAGAAUGUGCCUCUGACAAGAAGGUCUGGGUUGCAUUUUCUGGGACUGUUUGGAAGGGAAGUCGGGUAAUGACUUCCUGAGUUGUCCUUCUGUUUGUGGGCCUGUGACUUAACAGAUUCUCUUGUUCUGUGCUGAUUGUGGUUGGAGGUAAGCUGUUAAUAACAAGACAUGGUAACUUCUGCUCUUUUGCAAGCUCUUUUUCAGUGGAAGCUUUAACACCAGGCUGGCCUUUACGCUAGUGACUGCGGGUCAGUCACAAUAGGUGUAUAUCCUGGAGGACCAAACUUCUAAAAGCAAUCUAUUUUCCUUUUUUUUUUUUUUUCCCUCUUAAAUUAAACUUUCUGUACAGCAAGUAUACUUUUAAAUGAGCAUGUGGAACCUUUCAAGAAAAAUAAACUUGAUCCUGCU